UAGGUCAGUUGCUCAAAGCUAAACAACCAGUCUUUUACAUGUGGUGUAAUACGUUUUUCGGUUUUUUGGUUGUGUUUGUGCGUUAAUAACGUGUCAAAUAGCUGCAGCGGGUGUAAUUUGUGCCACUAGAGACUUUAAUUUAAUUUAGAAGUGACUUUUUGUGAAAAUACGAACUUUAUAAAAGAAUACAGGGAACCACGUUGUCGGUGAGAAAUGGCAGAAAAGCACAUUGUUAAGUUUCACUUUAUUGCGAAAUUUUUUGGGGACGGUAAUCGCUUUUUAGUUCGGGGAGAAAAUGCUUUUACCAGCGGUCACGUCACCAAAUUUAGGUUUGAUGGCACAGUACAACCGAUGAGAAUUUCUGCAGAAGUUCUACCGAGCAUGAAAAAGCUAAAUUAUACUGUGGAGAUUUCAUAUGACCUAGAAGAAGGGGUUAAGACGGCACAUUGUACCUGCCCAAGGGGCAACGUGGCUUGCCAUCAUAUGGCUGCAGCAUUAUAUUAUGCUCAUUAUAAUGUAAGUGCUACUGACAUUGAGUGUCAGUGGAGUGCCCCAUCAAAAACAACACCACAAACAGAAGUCAUUAAGUUAGCUGAUGUUUACAAGCCGAAAUUAUCAAACUAUACGGCACUGUCUAGGUCCUCUACUGAGGACGAAAUUAUUCAGUUCCGUGCCGAAAUAGGCGUCACGAAUGUGGUGGGCUUCACUUGGCUCCUAAGACCAGAAGCAAGUGAAGAAGCCAGAAAAAUUAUUGCAGAUAUCGAAGAAAUUCUACAAAGCUUAGAAUACGUGCAGGCCAUAGACAAACAAAAGUUUCUUUUGGAGAAGUGCAGAAUAGAUGAGGCACGCAUUAAACUGGUUGAGGCGUGCACUCGGGGCCAACAUGUUAACGAAAAUUGGCAUGUAGCAAGGAAACAUCGUUUAACGGCCAGCAGGUUUGGCAUGGUACUAUCUGCUUGCAGUAGACGAAGAUUCCCACCCUCUUUAUUUAAAAAUUUGGCGGAAGGCUAUUCGCUUGACAGGGUUGCUGCUGUGCAGUGGGGUAAGACCCACGAGAAGACAGCGCUCAGAGAAUUUGAAGAAGCGACGAAUCUUAAAGUCCAAGAGACGGGAUUUUGGUUGGAAGAAUCAGGCUUUUUGGGAGCAAGUCCUGAUGGAUUAGUGGAAGAAGAUGGGAUUCUCGAAAUUAAAUGCCCAUAUAAAUAUAGGGACACUGACAGUUUGUCUGAAGCCCUGAAGGAUAAAAAAUAUUUUUAUUGGAGGGAUGAAAAUGAGGACAUUAAUCUUAACAGCAAUCACAAUUAUUACCACCAAGUACAGGGGCAAAUGCACAUCACUGGUCGAAGUAUCUGCUACUUUGUCGUGUGGACACCAAAGUGCACAGAGAUAUUUCAAAUUGAAAAAGAUCCGGGGUGGUCAGAAAAUAUCAAUAUUUUAAAAGAAUUUUAUCUUGACCAAUAUAUUUCCUUUAUUUCACAAUAAUAAACUGUAUAUAAAUA